CUGAGGGAGUGGAGGUGGAGGAUCCUGCUCGGCUCCGGACAGAAAACAACAUUCAGAUAAAUGGCUCUUUUAAGCUGGGAGCUGCUCGUGUUCUGUCUGGCUGGCAGAUGCAGUGCCUAGUCCCCGGCCUCCAGGACAACGCCAACAUGAACGGGACGUCCGAGCAGGCUGACAUCCUGCCGCCGAACUGCAUGGUCAAAGACCGAUGGAAAGUGCUGAAGAAGAUCGGUGGAGGCGGGUUCGGGGAGAUCUACGAGGCCUUGGACCUGCUGACGCGGGAGAACGUGGCGCUGAAGGUGGAGUCGGCCCAGCAGCCUAAACAGGUGCUAAAGAUGGAGGUGGCGGUGCUGAAGAAGCUGCAGGGUAAAAACCACGUCUGUAAGUUUAUUGGCUGCGGGAGAAACGACAAGUUCAACUACGUGGUGAUGCAGCUUCAGGGGCGUAACCUGGCCGACCUGCGGAGGAGUCAGCCCAGAGGGACCUUCACCAUGAGCACCACCCUGCGGCUCGGGAAGCAGAUCCUGGAGUCCAUCGAAGCCAUCCACUCAGUGGGCUUCCUGCACCGAGACAUCAAACCGUCAAACUUUGCGAUGGGCCGGCUUCCCUCCACCUACAGGAAGUGCUACAUGCUAGACUUCGGUCUGGCGCGGCAGUACACCAACACCACCGGAGAGGUCCGACCGCCGAGGACUGUGGCAGGCUUCAGAGGGACGGUCCGCUACGCUUCAGUCAACGCUCAUAAAAACAAAGAAAUGGGUCGCCAUGACGACUUGUGGUCAUUGUUUUACAUGUUGGUGGAGUUCGCCGUUGGACAGUUGCCAUGGCGAAAGAUUAAAGAUAAGGAACAAGUUGGUCAGAUUAAAGAGCGUUAUGACCAUCGGAUGCUGCUCAAACACAUGCCUUCAGAGUUUAAUAUCUUCCUGGACCACGUCCUGGCCCUGGACUACUACACCAAACCAGACUACCAGCUGCUGAUGUCGGUGUUUGAGAACAGCAUGAAGGAACGAAUUAUCACCGAGAACGAGCCUUUCGAUUGGGAGAAGGCAGGAACUGAUGUCACGCUGUCGACCAGUGCCUCCAGUCAACCACAGCAGAACACCCGACCCACCGCCGCCAUGGUGGGAGCCAUCGUCACGUCGGUUCCUGGAGAUCUCCAGCGGGAGAACACCGACGACGUUCUGCAGGAUGAACAUCUCAGUGAUCAGGAGAACGCUCCUCCGGUACCGCCCAGCCGGCCCCCCGGGGAGAUGGGCGUCCCCAACUCCGGGGAGCCCGGAGAGGCCUGGGAAGACACGGACUUCAACCGCAACAGACUCAGGAUCAGUCUGAACAAGGGGGCUCAGGAGGAGGAGUCAGGUCGAGGGGCAUGUCCAGUGUCGCCCAAUCGAGGUGGAAUCCCAGAGUCACCGACAGGUCAGGGUCGGUCUCUACGGUACCGCCGGGUCAACAGCCCCGAAUCUGACCGUCUGUCUGCUGCUGAAGGCCGGGCCGACGCCUACGGACAGAGGUCCAGGAUGGACAUCCUCGGCUCUCCGUCUCGUCACGUCUACUCCUCCCAGCCGGCUCAGAUGCUGUCCGUUGAUCCUUGUUGCCGCGGCGACCGCCUGGCCAGCGGCCGUCAGGAGGUGUCGGUGGCGUCCGUCGACCAGGAGGCGCACAGCAACGCCUUCAUCCGCUCCGUCCCGCUGGCCGAGGAGGAGGACUUUGACAGCAAAGAGUGGGUGAUCAUCGACAAAGAGGCAGAGCUACGAGACUUCCAACCAACCACGUCAGGAACCACUGACGAGGAGCCCGAGGAGCUACGACCCCUGGAGGAGCAGGAGGAGAGGAGGAGGCUCAGGGCCGCAGGAGGGGAGCUGGUGGUUCGUCCAAAGACCCACACCAGAGAGAGCAGCCGGGGGAUGCUAACGCUAACGGAGGAGGAGGCGUCUAGGAGGAGCGGCGGUAGCCCCGCCCAGUCGCCCUGUCACUCGCUGCCGUCAGGACGCCCCCGCCGGAGAGAGUCAGAGCCCAUUGGACCUCAAAGACCGGUGUUAUCGCCCACGGAGCAGAGCAUCCCGUCGCCAACCUCUCCGGACUAUCGGACAAAGGGCCAGAGCGACGAGAAGGAGCAUUUCCACAUCCUUCCUCAGCUCCAGGUCAAAAGGGCCGACUUUCUCACCGUUAUGCUCACCGGUACCUUGCCUCAGCGCCGGAGCUUUGCCACGCCAGACGAAGAAAUCCAAGAACCUCCAGGGCCAAGGGAUGACGACGUCACGAAGAGUGAGUCCAACAGUGAGGCCAGUCAGAAGAGCACUGAACGUAGCCAGGACGCUGCGCCUUCAACACUCAUGGCCGAGGACCAGAGGGGCCAAAGGGAGCACGCCUCAGCUGCUGAUGCAGACCCUGACCUGGAGGACGCUUCCAAAACCCUCGUCCUUUUCUCACCUGGAGACACUCGUAAGUCUCCCUCUGGUUGUGAUCAUGUUCUAGAGGGAGAGCUGGCCACACCGUCUGCUCUCAGUACCGACCGCCUCAUUGUCGGGGAGGUGAUUCAGCCUGAACCCUCUGAGACUGGCCGUUUGUCCCCUGCUCUCAGGUCAGACCUGAGGCCUUCCACUCCCAUCGCUCCUGCAUCUCCGCCCUUCACCAAAGUUGAGCGCACUUUCAUCCAUAUCGCAGAGACAUCACACCUCAAUGUCAUGUCUUCCAAUGGUCACUCAGCCAAGGAGAGUGACCGGGAAGUCUUGGCCAUCAUGAAGGCAUCAGCGGUAGAGGGUGACACCCAUGAGCAGGAGGGAACACCAGUGACAGAAGAGCUUCUAGAGGAGUCUGUACCAGACACAACUACACCAGUUGACAAAUACCCCAAAACUGAGAAUGGUCCGUCAACUGUCUUGGCCCAGUCUUUGGAGCCUGUCCCAGAAUCCAUGUCACCAGUUCAUACAGAUCUGUCACAAGAGCCUAAGAAACAGCCAUUAUCCAGUGAAGAAGCUGCCAAGCUUCAGACAACCGGAUCAGAACUACCACCUGUCACAAAACCCAGAAUCCGAAGCCGUAUCCCAGUACUCAUCUCUGAAGAGGAUUCAGGCUCAGAGCAGUCCUCCUCCCUCUCAGCUCGGGCUCGUCUUCAGCAGCGGGCCAGGCAGCUGGACUUGGCCCGCAUGCUGGUCCAGAAGCAACAGGGUCGCUGGAUGAGGAGGAGGAUGCUGUCUGGGACGUCAUCAUCCCUGUCCUCUGGGGACGAUGAGCGCCGGAGGGCUUCUGAAACUCUGUCCACCACCGGCUCAGAGGAGGACACGCAUACCUCGGAUGAGUCCAGGAGGAGCUCCCGUCUCAAAACGACUGAAGAGCAAGGCUCCAAGGAGUGCAGGAGCAGGAUCCCCAGGCCUGUCACCCCCAUAAAGAGGCCAUCAGGGGGGCUCGCUGCUGCUGCUCCUUCUCCGCUCUCCUUGCCAGACUCCGGUUCUACCAAAGGAGCAUCAUCCUUCACUAACGGGAAUCAGAAAAUUGGACUAAGCACUCUCAGCUCUCAACUGAAAACCAAACCUGUCUCGCCCAGGUCCUCCUCCUCAUGUCCCCGUCCAUCUGCUGGCCCGUCCGGCAGCCCUCGAAUGCCCCUGCGAGUCCUGUUUGGAACCCGACGCAGCCUUAGCUCCAACCACUGCAGGACUGACAGCCCCUCCCCUCAGAGAGUAUGUCCGUCCAGGCAGCCCCUCUCGGUUCGAGCCCCAACCGUCCCUAUGCUGCCACCCAGGACUACAACAGCCAUGCGGCGCAGCGUCUCGCAGGAAGCCACCGUCCAGACCUCCUCUGGCGCCACGCCCGCCCGGAGCAGGCCGAAACAAGCCGGUGCGGCUAAGGCAAAGCCGAAUGUCAGGGAGAAGGUGGUGCCCGCUAGAUAAUACAAAGAGACUCAUAGCUGAGACAUGUUUGUGUAUAAUCAGUCUUCGGACACGAUACGCCUCAAAGGUUCUCACCUGACUCCACAUUAGACUGUGAUGUUACAAUCACCUCCUUCAAUUUAUUUAAUGUACACGGACCUCUUAUUCUUUUUCCAAGGACAGCUUACUGAACUAUCUUCAUGGGCUUCCAAUAAUCUUCACUAACUGUCGGACAGGAGCGUUGCUGCCAUGGUGCUAUGGAUACGUCUUCUGCUCCGUGGUUUAAACCCUGAUUUGACUGGUUUCUGGAGCUGAGAAUCAUGGCCUCCAACAAGUCCAGUUUCAGAAACUCUCACCGUACACAGUACUCCCAGCUUGUCCACGGCUAUACUACUCUUCUAUUGACAGUACCUUGCUUGGUUCACAUUGCAUGGUGAAGUAUAUCACAUAUACAUUCAAUCUGUAGAAGGAAAACAAAAAUCUGUACCUUUUAAAUUAUUUGAUAUAGUUCUUCCCUUCCUAUUGGGAUAACAAGGCAGAAAAAGAGACCAAAUUGGAGUGGUUUGAAUGCCUGAAUAAUGUUAUUAUGAUAAUAGAUUCCUACCUAUAUCCUGUACUCAUUAUGGUCUUGGAUAGAAAGAAGAGUUGGAUGUGAACACAAAAUAAAUCGCUCGGCCGCUCGCCUCCUCCUCCUCAUGGUGUGACAAUGGGCAUGCUUUAAUCAUUCUAUUUUCUGGGUGUUUUUAUUUUUAUUUAUGCUCUGAAUUGUAUAUAAUAGAAUCAUUUCCCAUAAAGACAUCUUUAUUUUUUAUCUUGCCAAGCAAAGUGUAAAUUUCAAGUCUUUAACCUUCUGUUCCAAUGUGUUGGCACUAUGCCCGUUUUUUACGCAUGAGAAAAACAGGGUUAACCAUGAGAGGAUAUUAUACCUGCUUGGAUUCUGCUGACAGUGCAAAGGUUUGCUGGUCGUUGGAGCCCAUGUUGUGUUUGUAUGGGGUUGAUGGGCACUGAGCUGUGAAGUAAAGUCUUGGUCAUGUGGAUG